AUGAGAUCUAUUUUUGCGGUAAUUAGGCAACGACAAUAUUUCGUUCAGGCAAUACGUCGAACAGCUUCCGUGGCAUCUUCGCCUCCGGCGGAUCAAACAAAUUUCCAAGCCUCGACCUUUCUCACUACCCUAAUAUCUUCGACGACGAAACCUUCCGACGAGACGUGUAGCGAAUCAGACGGAGAAGAAGAGCCCAACAAAUGUUUGUCUCUGAGAAUCGAGAAACUCCAGAAGGGAGUAACUGUUGGCUCUGCGUUACAGAGCUGGAUGGGCGAUGGAAAUCCAGUUCACGGCGGAGAUGUUUAUCACUCCAUCAAUCGAUUGAGAAAGCUCGGAAGAAACAAACGUGCCCUUGAGUUGAUGGAAUGGGUAAUCAGAGAAAGACCGUACCGUCUAGGCGAGCUAGAAUACUCAUACUUGCUUGAAUUCACAGUCAAGAUCCACGGCCUCUCACAAGGUGAGAAGCUCUUCACCCGAGUCCCUCAAGAGUUUCAGAACGAGCUUCUCUACAACAACCUCGUGAUCGCUUGCUUGGACCAAGGUGUUAUACGCCUCGCACUCGAGUAUAUGAAGAAGAUGAGAGAACUCGGUUACCGUACGUCACAUCUGGUCUACAACCGUCUCAUCAUUCGCAACUCAGCUCCCGGACGAAGAAAGCUCAUUGCGAAAGACCUUGCGCUCAUGAAAGCCGACAAGGCGAUCCCUCAUGUCUCGACGUAUCAUAUCUUGAUGAAGCUCGAGGCUAAUGAACAUAACAUAGACGGUGUGCUAAAGAGGUUUGAGAGUAUGAAGAAAGCGGAAGUUGAGCCGAAUGAGGUGUCUUAUUGUAUAUUAGCUAUGGCGCAUGCGGUUGCGAGAUUGUAUACAGUCGCUGAAGCUUACACAGAGGAGAUAGAGAAGUCUAUCACUGGGGAUAAUUGGUCGACGUUAGAUAUAUUGAUGAUUCUGUACGGGCGUUUAGGUAAAGAAAAGGAGUUGGAUAGAGCGUGGAGUGUCAUCAGAGGGUUUCACCAUGUUAGGUCAAAGAGUUACUUGCUGGCUACGGAAGCGUUUGCGAGAGUUGGGAAGCUUGAGAAAGCUGAGGAGCUUUGGUUAGAGAUGAAGGACGUGAGAGGGCUUAAAGAAACAGAGCAAUUCAACUCUCUGCUCUCUGUGUACUGCAAAUGCGGUUCGAUAGAGAAAGCAAUCGGUGUGUUCCGCGAGAUGACUGGAGACGGGUUUAAGCCUAAUUCUAUAACGUAUAGGCAUCUUGCUCUCGGAUGUGCUAAAGCUAAUCUGAUGAAGGAAGCUUUGAAAAACAUUGAGAUGGGUUCGAAUUUGACGACGAGCAGAAGCGUGAGAAGCUCCACGCCGUGGCUGGAGACGACUCUGUCGAUCAUUGAGUGCUUUGCGGAGAAAGGUGAUGUGGAGAAUUCGGAGAAACUGUUUGAAGAGCUGAAGAAUGCAAAGUAUAAUAGGUAUGCGUUUGUGUAUAAUACUCUGUUUAAGGCUUAUGUGAAGGCUAAAGUCUAUGACCCUAAUCUGUUCAAGAGGAUGGUUUUAGGUGGAUCUAGACCUGAUGCUGAAACGUAUAGCUUGUUGAAACUUGUUGAACAGUAUAAGCCCUGA